GCCUUUCUUCCAUUGCGGGCGUUUGGUGACAUUGAAUGUGCCCACGGUGUCACCGCCUGAGAGGCGCUGUCGGGUCAGCGGAGUAGGCGGCCAUGGGGAGCCUGCGUAGCCUGCGCCAGGCGGCGGAAUAAUUCCAGACGAGAUAGCAAGCCUGAUCGUGGAAAAACCUCAGAGAAGUUAUUUUAGGUUAUAUGAAAGAGGUGCUUCCUCAUCUCUAAGACUCAUGAGAAACUCCAAUUUGAAGAGAAUAAAUGGAUAUUGUGCCAAACCACAAGAAAGUCCAAAAGCUCCACCCUACACUUACAGCCACAGAGUGCCAUUACACAAACCUACACACUGGGAGAGGAAGAUCCUGAUAUGGUCAGGUCGCUUCAAAAAGGAAGAUGAAAUCCCAGAGACUGUCUCGUUUGAGAUGCUUGAUACUGCAAAGAACAAGAUCCGGGUGAAGGUCAGCUAUGCCAUGAUAGCCCUGACAGUGGCAGGAUGCAUCUGGAUGGUUAUUGAGGGCAAGAAGGCUGUCAAAAGAAACGAGUCUUUAACAAGCCUGAACUUAGAAAAAAAAGCUCGCCUGAGAGAAGAAGCAGCUAUGAAGGCCAAAACAGAGUAGCAGAGGUAUCCGUGUUGGCUGGAUUUUGAAAUUGCAGGAAUAAUGUUGCAGCAAUUAGCCUGUGUUAAAAAGAAUACAAUAUGAGGAUCCAUUUCAUGAAAGUAUGGUUUGCACAGACUUCUAAUUUCCCCAUUUCUGAUAUAGUGGGACAAAUAAAUUUCCUUAAAGAAAUGA